AGUGACGUGUCCAUGCAGUGCAUGCUGGUUUGCUAACAGCAAGGCCAGUCAGGCAGAGAAAGCUACCGGGAAAAGGAAGAGCUGUUACAGCAUGACAGCCUCGCCGAAGUGAACUAGUGCCCCGGCGGCUGGAGACUCCGGAUGCUUUCUCAGGUAGCAGAUAAAGCUCAACUGAGAACAACAGACCUGUGAUGCUGCAGAAGAUUUCUAGGCGAAACUUCCUGAUGGUCGCUGGCUAAGAUCUUUGCCUGAUGUGGUUUUGUAGAAACCUCAAUAGUCAGAACAGGAUUUUUGAAAUGGAUUAUUUCCGGGCCUGCACUUUUCUCUUUACUUUGAUGUUAUUGAGAGGCAUCGCUGCUGACACAGAAAAGCAAAACCCAGAUUCAGGAUUAGAAAUCUAUAAAAAGCUGUUUGAAGUGAAGCGCAAAGACCAGAUGAAUGCACUGAAGAACCUGAUUGAACUCAAUGAUGUGAACCAGCAAUACAAGAUCAUAGACAUCAUGCUCAAGGGUCUUUUCAAAGUACUUGAAGACUCCCGGGCAGUACUUAUAGCAGCAGAUGUUCCACCAGAUGGACUGUUCCCUCAGGAUGAAAAGCUAAAGGAUGCCUAUUCCCAUGUUGUGGAGAACACUGCUUUUUUUGGUGAUGUAGUCCUGCGCUUUCCCAAGAUAGUGCACCAUUACUUUGACCGCAACUCCAACUGGAACAAUCUAAUUCGCUGGGGAAUUGGCUUCUGCAACCAGACGGGUGUAUUUGAUCAAGGUCCCCACUCACAAGUACUAGGAUUGAUGGCUCAAGAACUGGGAAUUAGUGAGAAAUCUCCAGACUACCGGAAUCCGUUUAAAACGGACAACUCUGAAUUUUUCCCCAGUGCAGACACAUUUCAAAAGGCUCUCCGGGAGGAAGAGAAGCGACGGAAGAAAGAGGAGAAACGGAAGGAAAUCCGCAAGGGGCCUCGCAUAUCACGCUCCCAGUCUGAGUUGUAAUGCUGCUGCCUGCCCUGUCGCUAUGACUUGUGCUGGUGCAAGAUGGAGCAGCUGGAAAAGGAGCAUCCCAGUCCCUCGGUGACCUCAGGAAAAUGCCAGGAGGUUGAGGUUUCAUUUGUCAAGUUUUGGAGGUGUAUUUCUUCUUUCAGCAGUACAUGGGCAGCUACUGGAUUGAACCCUGAGAAAUGCCCAGAUGGAAAUCCCACUCUUUGAGCAUAUACUCCUUGUGGGAAAAUGUUUCCUAGUAACUGAAAUGCAUAGGGUUUGUCAGAGACCAUGUCGUCUCUGUGGAUUGCUGUUCCCUGUAGCUUUGCCAUUCUGAAAUGCAAAGAAUACUGGGGUUGGGUGGGGGAGGAAGGGACUUUUUCUGGUACUUGCCACCUCUACAGUUUAUAACGCAGGAUACUGUGAAUUUGUAUGCAGCCAGAACAUUAAUGUGAUGUACAUAGCUACCCCAGAUUUGCCUCUGGAAAGCAAAAUUACCUGAGGGAGUUGAGUACUAUUAGAAAUACACAUUCCUUGGAAACUUUCAUUUACUGGCAAAGUAUAAACUCUUAUCCUUUUUAAAUGUAAGGAAUGUACCUCUGUAACUGGGAUACAUUGGUGCUGUUUUUAAAAUAUAGUAAUUCAAAGCCCAAUUUGGUUCCAUAAGGUCUUUUGUUGUCAGAUCUUUCCUCAGCCAAUGAGAUCUCUCCUUUCCACAAGGUUGAGAAACCAUUUCUUUCCUGGAAAGGAAAAACAAAAAUGGUGAAUUUGGCUUGAAGAUGGGCAGGAAGGUAGUGGCCUGGUAGGGAAUGCCUACACUAUACUCAGACAAGAGAAGAAAGUACUGAGAUAAAAUGAUUUUAGCCCAUGGGUCUCUUAUGAGUGGCUUUGUAGGCACUGGGUCUCAGCACAGCUGCUAAGUGUAUUCUCAUGCAUAAGCAGUAUUCUCACCAGUACACAAUGGAAAAUGACUGAAAAGGUUAUGGAGGAGGUGAUUUCAUUCCCCUUCCUUAUGGAAGGGGAACUCAUUUGCUCUGUAUGUGGGACAUAAAGAGUACUGAUUGUGUAAAUUGCCAUGUAAAUUCCUUCGGCUCCUGUUGUCCAGUGGCUAAAGAGUAGAACUGUUAUGUCCAUGACUGUCCACUAAAUUCCCUUCCCUCAGUUGAUAGUAGUUUUUGAUUUUUUUAUUAUUGGCUUUUUUUGAAAUCUCAGCAACAUGAGAUACUAUUUGCCACAGGUCUAACACUGGAGAGAAGCAGAGAGUCACUGUUAUGUUCUCUUAAUUCUUCUCCAAUGACUAUACUUAGAAACCUACCAGUUGUAGGUUUAUCCUGUGAACAGUGAAAUUCCGAGGGUAUCUUUUUACUAGUCUACUGCCUUAUUGCUCCAUAGGAACAAGCUGCCUUUCCCUCUGACUUUUCAAGCAUUCCGUGUAGGCUUGUACCUGGAGCCAUGCUCAUUUCAGAUUUCAGCUGUACUACUAGUUUUAUGGUAAAGGUUAGCUGCCCUGGGCCUCAGUGUAGUUGAUGCUCUUUUUCCAGUCCAGAGUUCUUCAAUAGUGAGCUGAAUUGUGGAAUUCACACUCAGACACACUGUAGGCAUUCAGCAUAGAACCCCAAUGAGGUUUGGCACAAUAGGUAGCUUCUGUUCAGGACUGGGAUUGAUGCACACCAGCAAAACUCUGAAUAGCUUGUUUGGGGUAUCAUACUUCAUAUAGCUAUGAUGGCUCCUUGCUGUCAUGAGUAGUGCUAGUACUCGGCACACUUGCUGUCAGGGUUGGUUUGGGAUAUUGUUUUUCAAACCUUGGCUGAAUUGCACAGCUCUAGAUUAUAGCUUUUAUUUUGUGGGGAAGGAGGGGGCUCGUUCAGCGGACAUUGCAGUUUGACUUGCUGCCUUCUGGCUGUUUUACAAGGCCAAAGAUGGAGAUGGCCUUUAUUUUCUAAACAGAGAGCCAGUUACAUUUGAUUUGUUCUUGAAUAUGUAUUUGAACUGGACAUUGUUUUUGCUUUUCCUGAAUAAAACCGAAGUUUUAAAGAA